AUGAAGCUUAUGAUUCAGGAAUAUAUACAACAAUGUGAGGUAUGCCAGAGAACUAAAAGUGAGCACAUUUCCAAACCAGGGCUACUACAACCUAUUCCAAUUCCACACAAUGCUUGGGAGGAUUUUAUUGAAGGGUUGCCACCUUCAGCAAAGCACAACUGUAUUCUGGUGGUGAUUGAUAAAUUUACUAAGUAUGCUCAUUUUAUCCCACUGUCACAUCCCUACACAGUGGUGCAGGUGGCUAAGAUAUAUUUGGAUCAGGUUUAUAAGCUUCAUGGUCCUCCUAAGGUGACUAUUUCUGAUAGAGACAAGUCCUUUACUAUUCUAUUCUGGCAGGAGUUAUUUAAGCAGUUGGGGACAACUACACUUUUCAGUACUGCCUAUCAUCCAGAGACAGAUGGACAAACUGAGAGACUCAACCAAUGCUUAGAACAGUAUCUCAGAACCUUAUAUGGUUAUAAGGCUCCUGUGUUAAGCUGGUCAGGGGAUUCUAUAGUGGAUGCAGUGGGAGAGGAAGUUUACCUAAAAUUACAGCCUUACAGACAGACAUCACUCGCUUUAAGGAGAAACCUGAAGCUUGCUGCUCGAUUUUUUGGUCCCUACAAAAUACAGAAAAAAAUUGGUCAGGUUGCAUAUCGACUGGAAUUGCCACCAGAAUCAAAAUUACAUCCAGUGUUUCAUGUUAGUUUGUUGAAAAAGAAAAUAGGGAAACCAGGACUUAUCUCGCUGAAUCCUCCAGAAACGUCUUCUGAUGGGCAAUUGAAGAUUUACCCAACCGUAGUCUUGAAUUCACGAGAGAUUACUAGACAAAAUCAGCGGGUCAGGCAGUUCCUUAUGCAAUGGACAAAUAUGGGAACAGAUGAUGCUACUUGGGAAGAUUAUACGGUGUUGAAAAAUCAGUUUCCUGAUUUUGAUCCUUGGGGACAAGGAUCAUCUGGUGGAGGGGGUAUUGUUAUGAUGGAAGGGAGAUUAGGGUUUGAUCAGAGGGAAUUGGGGAGUAAUCGAGGAAGGAAAAAGGGGGGAAAUUGGCUGGAAUUGAAAAAUGAAAAGGAAUUAGGGAUUGAGGCGUCGAAAGGAAUGGGGUGGGGUGGAUUGCAGGAGCAGGCUGAUAUCAUUAAACCUUCAGCCAAAUGGGCCCAGUCAAGUAAUGACCCAGAUCAGAGUGAAGUGAAGGAAACAGGCCAGCACGUGAGCCCACUUGGAGAUAUCCUGUGA